GAAAUUGUAGGAAUCGCAGGCAGUGAGUGUCAAAAUCAAAGUGAAAGGUGAAAAAGUAAAUGAACAAUUGUGCUGAAGAUAAUUCGGUAAACGAAAGGACUGCAUUAAUGGAUGGCCAUGUGGGUGAGUCACAUAUCGUGAGGACUUCUGAUCGUUUGGAGGAUCAAGACAGGAAGGGCAAAAAGAAGCGAAAUACUCGAGAAAAUAGACCAAAUUAUGGGACAACAAGCACAACUCAGGCUGGCCCUGUGCCUUCCGGAGAGUCUUCUCAGAACAACAGCGAUGGUCCAAAUAUCCCAUCUCAGGGCACGACAGAGGAAGCUUCAUGGGAAGAAGAGGAGGGACUCAAGUAUGGAGCUCAGCAUGUCAUUAAGCUUUUUGUUCCAGUGUCACUCUGCAUGCUCGUGGUUGUAGCCACAAUAAGUUCAGUCAAUUUCUACUCUACCAAGGAUUACUACCUUUUGUACACUCCAUUCCAUGAGACAUCUCCGGAUACGGGAACCAAGAUAUUGGAUGCUUUGGCUAAUUCUCUCAUUCUCAUGACUCUGAUCGUGGUCAUGACAAUUCUCCUUAUAAUCCUGUACAAAAAGAGAUGCUACAAAAUCAUCAAUGGAUGGUUAAUUCUUUCGUCCUUUAUGCUUCUCUUUAUCUUCAGUUACCUCUAUUUGGAGGAAGUUCUGCGGGCAUACAACAUCCCGAUGGAUUAUCCAACUGCAAUCUUGAUUAUGUGGAACUUUGGGGUUGUGGGCAUGAUCUCCAUUCACUGGUUGGGUCCAUUGAGACUACAGCAAGCAUACCUGAUUUUCGUAGCAGCCUUAAUGGCUCUGGUAUUUAUCAAGUACUUACCAGAAUGGACUACUUGGGUAGUUUUAGCUGUGAUCUCAAUUUGGGACUUGAUUGCAGUCCUUUCGCCCAAAGGACCUCUCCGGAUUCUCGUGGAAACAGCCCAAGAGCGCAACGAACAAAUAUUCCCAGCUUUGAUUUAUUCAUCAACUUUUAUCUAUUCGUACAUGGGAGCUGACCAGGAUUCCCAAGCUCCCAUUGCGAGGCCAACUGUUGUUCCACGAAGGCAUCAGGGGGGUCCUUCGACGGAAAAUCCUGGCAAUAUGCCUCAGAAUUCUGAGGAUCCUGAGAGUGGAUUCACUAAGGAAUGGGCAACAACAACAAAUGAACGUUCAGCGAGGCGUCAACUCGAAGUUCAAGCAAAUGUUUCCAACAAUCCCAAUCGUUCGACGGAGUACAGGACAGUGACAACUGAAGAGAAUCCUCCAAAUUAUGAAGUUCCGGAGGAGAGGGGCAUCAAACUGGGUCUGGGAGAUUUUAUCUUCUAUUCCGUUCUCGUGGGAAAGGCCUCAAGCUACGGAGAUUGGAAUACGACAAUUGCGUGUUUUGUGGCAAUUCUCAUUGGAUUGUGCUUGACUCUCCUGCUUCUGGCUAUUUGCCGAAAAGCUCUUCCUGCCUUGCCAAUUUCCAUAACAUUUGGCCUGAUUUUCUGCUUUGCCACGAGCGUUGUUGUUAAGCCUUUCACCGAGAGCUUGGCAUCUGAACAGGUCUUCAUUUAAAAUUCCUCUCUUUACUGUAACUUAUUAUUCAUGUAUCUUUACUCUUAAACCUUUUCAAAACUAAUAAAAGACUUGGGAAAGAAAAA